ACACCGUCUGUCUGCCUCCUCCAUCCUCCUGUGUAUUAUUCUCUCUCCCCUUCAGACGGGAAGCCCCUUUAUUCAAUUCUCCAGCUCUAGGAACCCUCUCUUUCUCUCACGAAGAUGGCAGAUGUCGUUGACACCACCAGCACUGAGGUCCCCGUUGCCAAGGAUCUUAAGGAAAAGAAAGAAGUUGUAGAAGAGAAAGUAGAGAAAGCAGAGAAGGCUGAGAAUGGAAAAGGAGAUGCUCCAUCUAAUGGAACAGAGGGAAAUGGUGCAGACCACAGUGAGGAAAACACAGAAGACCCUGAAGAGGAGGAUGAAGUAGAGGGUGAAGAUGAAGAAGAAGAGGAGGAGGAGGAGAAAGGUAAAGCAGAAAAGACUGAAAAAGAUGACCAUCCUGUAAAGCGCCCAGUAGAGGAUGAGGAGGAAUCUGAAACAAAAACGGAAACUAAAAAGCAAAAAACAGAAAAUGGAGAAUCCACAGAAGUUAAAGAAUCUGCCUAAAUCCCUUUCCAGACAUUUUAUAGCUUAAGUGACAUGGUUGACUUUAAAUUGUAGAGAAUGUGCUUUAUAUCUG